AUGGUGAAGGAAGAGAAGAGCGGAAGGAACCCUCAAUGGACUGCAAAUAACAACUGUGACCACUUCCAUAAAGAACAAGAAGAGUCACACACAGAUCAGAGCCAGCUGAACCGGCUGACCAAGCAAUCAGAAGGCGAGGCCAACACGUUCCUUAAGAAGAAGAGAACACGAGGAAUGAUAUACCCUUAG